UCACAAAAACAAAAACAAAGUGAAAGAUCGGGGGAACUAUUAUUCAGAUGAUAAGUUUAUUUCGGGAAGAUAGCACAAGUGCAAAGAAAAACUUAAAUCAGUAAGAGGAACUAUGGAAUCAAUAUUUAAGAUAAUUGUGAUCAACUGAUUGCAGCUGAAUAGUACCACAGAGGACAUUUAUUUUUGUCAGACAGGAAUUAUGUGCAGGAAAAACAGACUUGCGAGCUGUUCAAUCAGUCAUUGAAAUGUAGAGGAUAUUAUUUUCUAAGUCAUGUGAAUUUGCAGACACUGUGAACUUAAUAAUUCUUUAUGCAUUAUGAGCCAUCCUCAGCAGAGUGUACCAAUGGGCAUCGAGGACCAGUUAUCAGAAAGUGCAGCCAUUUCGGCAUUUUCUGUGAUGGAUUCUUCGCGACUCUCCACUUUUGUCAUCUCAAUAUUGCUGAUAGUAUACGGAAGCUUCAGGUCUUUAAAUUUAGAACAAGAGAAUAGAGAGAAAGAUAAAGAGAAAGACAAGCAGUUUGUGUCUAACAGUGAUGGAGACAACAAUGUACAGACCAUCGACACUUGCCAAGCAGCUUUUCUCCCCAUUGGAGCCUCAGCAUCUCUUCUCAUCAUGUUCUUAUUCUUUGAUUCUCUUCAGAUGGUAUUUGCCAUUUGUACUGCAGUCUUGGCAACGGUUGCUUUUGCCUUCCUCUUGUUACCCAUGUGUCAGUACCUCAUACGACCCUGCUCAACAGGGCAAAAGAUAUCGUUUGGGGUGUGUGGUCGGUUCACGGCAGCUGAGAUCUUAUCGUUUUUCCUGUCCUUCAUGAUCGUGUGUAUAUGGGUGCUGACUGGACACUGGCUACUGAUGGACGCCCUGGGCAUGGGGCUGUGUGUUGCCUUUAUUGCCCUGGUGAGAUUGCCCAGUCUGAAAGUCUCAACCUUGCUGCUUGUAGGCCUUCUGGUGUAUGAUGUGUUUUGGGUAUUUUUCUCUUCCUACCUCUUCAGUGCAAAUGUCAUGGUGAAGGUUGCCACAAGACCAGCAGAAAAUCCUGUGGGACUGUUUGCCAAAAAGCUUCAUCUGUCUGGAUUUAUGAGAGAUGCGCCAAAAUUAUCAUUGCCAGGAAAGCUGGUAUUUCCAAGCAUUCAAAAUUCUAGUCAUUUUUCUAUGUUGGGCCUAGGAGAUAUUGUUAUGCCAGGCCUACUCCUGUGUUUUGUACUACGGUAUGAUGCCUACAAGAAAACACAGACCAAUUCUGUAGAAGCAGGAGUCCCACCCCCACCGACUUACGUCCACAAGGUCACUUACUUCCACUGCUCUCUGAUUGGUUAUUUCUUAGGGUUGCUAACUGCCACAGUUUCAUCAGAAGUGUUUAAGGCUGCCCAACCAGCUCUGUUGUAUCUUGUACCAUUUACACUUCUUCCCUUGUUAACCAUGGCAUAUCUGAAGGGAGAUCUUAGAAGAAUGUGGAGUGAACCAUUCAUUGUUCAACAGACUCAUAAAAACAUAGAUGUAUGAUAAACAGUGUUGUGCAAAUAUUUUUUACCCUGGAUUAACAUUAAACAAGACUAUGUUAUCAAAGAGGGACAACACAUUACAGUGCAUUCUUGGAGGAGGGAUUUCCAUUGAUUUACAAUUAGGAAAUUUUCCUCGUGUGAGAAAUGCAUAUGCAGGAAAGACUGCAAUUCAUUGCAAUGUUUUUGUAAUGUCAGACCACAAUGUAUUUUUAUACCACUAGGUAUUUUCUCUUGAAUGGAGACUUUUCAUUGGCCAGUCAUUUGACAGUGGUUUUUAACAUAUUUAUCAUGGUCCGAUUUUUAACUUGGAGGUUUCAGGAUAUUAUGUAUUUGGAAUAAUACAGAAAAAUGUACAUUGUUGUUUAAUGUAACCUGUGUGUUUAAUCAUGAUUCUUGUAAAAUGACUUUGCAUCCAUGGCAUAUAAGAGAAAUUUGUGUGUGACUGAACUGUAGCACAAAUUAAGCAUUAUUUUAUAUCUUUGAAAACAGAGCUGGAGCUCUAUUUUUUUAUAAUAUCAUCUUGGAAUAAUUUUCAUUUUCAUUUCUGUUUCCUUAUGAGAAAGAAAUUGAUAUUGAAAAAGAUUUCAUUACCCAUCAAAUUCAUUGAUUGAAGUUACGCAUACAUGUACAUGCAUUGAUCAACUUGUUAUAUUUGUUGAAUGGGAAAAAAAUUCAUAUUUGACAAAUAAACUUAAUACGUACAUUUUAUAAAGGCAAUUAAAGCAAGCAACAAAGACAUCUAGCCAAGUUUUAUCUGUAGUGCUUCCAUCACCUUGUUGCUUUAUUUUAUUUUUAAUUUUUCAUGCAUACAAGAUGAACAGAUAGAAUAUUUUAAUUUAGAAGUAUCAGAUAUUUUUUAUUUUAUCUAGUAAAAUGGUUGAUGGUGUAAAGACUAUGUUACCAUGUAAAAAAAAAAUGUUUGCUUUAUUGUCAUUGUGAUCAUAAUAGAUAUUAAAUGUUGUAUAAAUAA